GUUUUAAACCAGCUACCUCGUUGGAUGCCUGUAGAGGGAGGUAAUAAAUAAGCUUAUCCGUCGUUCUUUGAUCUAUGUCUACAAGUUAAAUUGUGUUAAUUACAUAUUCUCUAUAAUUUAUAUUGUUGAUAAGCGAUCGUAGAUAGUAGUUUUUUUACUUUCUCAUUUCAUUUUCUGAAGUUUUGAUUUAUUUGAGUUGUGAACUGUACUAAACUGUUACCAGGAUGUAUGGCAAAGGUAUGAUGGAUCCCAGUAGGGAAUCAGGUCUUGGAAGUGAAUCUGAUAAUAUGGCUGAACUGGCUGCCCUCUUGAAUACUGAAAUCCCUGAGGGACAGAGCAACCUAAUGGACAGUUUUACUAAUCUAGAAAGAGUUGCUGACUACUGUGAGGGAAACUACUUUCAGGCAGAAAAUAAGCGCUAUGCCCUCGAGGAAACAAAGAAUUAUACAACACAAUCUUUGGCCAGCGUUGCUUAUCAAAUAAAUACUUUGGCUUACAAUUUUCUUCAGUUACUUAACAUGCAGUCUACACAGCUUGAGGAGAUGGAAGCACAAAUGAAUCAUAUCGAUCAGACUGUUAUGAUUCACAAAGAAAAGGUUGCAAGAAGAGAAAUUGGUGUACUUACUGCAAACAAAACUACUAAUAGGCAAUAUAAAAUUAUUGCUCCUGCCAACCCUGAAAAACCUAUUAAAUAUGUCCGUAAACCUAUAGAUUUCAAUGCAUUAGAUGAUAUUGGACACGGUGCAAGGAUACAGGAUGGGGGUUGGACUGGCAGUAGAGGAAUCAAAUCUCGGUCCAGCUCACAAACAACAGUUGUUGGCCCUGCUCCGACGACCAAACCUCCUACACCGCCUUCAGCUCUGCGCUCUGCUACUGGUUCGUUAGGUAAAAGCUCUCGGGAAUAUAGGACACCACCAGCUGUGGCCCCACCUCAGAAUUGGACGAAAGGUGAUGAGAUGUUAAGCGGAGGGAGCAGGCCUGGACAAGGGCAUCCGACCUUGGAGCAAAAUAAGGUGCCCAGCCAUUACGCACCCAACUACCCAGUGGGACAUCCACGCAGGACUGGCGCAGGCUACAGCACGUUACCACUUGCGCAUCAACCGCAGGUGGCCAGCCCGCCUCCUCCUCAGGCUGUUAGCUACACAAUCGACCAUCACAUGCCUCCUCCACCUUCGCCACUCAUCCUCAGCCAACAGCACACAGAGGCGCGGUCAUCUCCACCGUUGCCUCCUCCACCUGCACCGAUGGAUCACCCGUUCGGAAGCACAGCUAUGCCUAUUGUCACUGAUGAACUUGAUCUUCCCGGCUGGGUUCCGAAGAAUUAUAUAGAAAAAGUUGUGGCCAUCUAUGACUAUUACGCUGAUAAGGAAGACGAGUUGAGCUUCCAAGAGUCUGCUGUGAUUUAUGUGCUGAAGAAGAAUGACGACGGCUGGUGGGAAGGUGUGAUGGAUGGAAUCACCGGUCUCUUCCCCGGAAAUUAUGUCGAACCUUGCGUUUAAAUAUUUAUUUUAUU